AUGAAAAGGGACGCGUACGGUGACGACGGCCCCUCCAUGAAGAGACAUCGGCAAACUGACGACGAGGUCACCUUCCUCAUCCCAAGCAAGGUGGCGGGCUCCAUCAUCGGGAAAGGUGGCACUAAUAUAUCAAAAUUAAGGAGUGAGUUCAAUGCCUCUAUUACAGUCCCAGAUUGCCCCGGCCCCGAACGGGUAUUGUCUAUAACAGCUCCCGAUAUCGAGACGAUUUUAGAAAUCGUGAAAGCAAUUUUACCUAAUUUGGCUGACGGAGGACCAAGAAGUACUGGGAAUGAAGAUCUGGACGUCCGCCUACUAAUUCAUCAGAGUAGAGCUGGUUGCGUCAUCGGCAGAGCUGGUGCUAAGAUCAAGGAAUUGCGAGAGAAAACCGGUGCCCGUCUGAAGAUAUUCUCUUCCCCGGCGCCGCAGAGCUCCGAGCGCGUGGUGCAGCUGGUGGGCAAGGCCGACGCGGUCGCGGCCGGCGUGCGAGAGGUGCUCGACCUCAUACGACAGGUCCCCAUCAAGGGAGCGAUCGAGAACUACGACCCGCACAACUACGAUGACUUCUACGCGGACGAGUAUGGCGGCUUCGGUGGCGGUCAGGGCGGCGGCGGCGGCGGUGCGGGCGGACGCGGAGGACCCAGGGCUCCCCCGCGUGGGGGCCCCGGCCGCCCGCCUCUGGGGGGAGCCCGGGGACCUCGCGGGCCUCCCACUAUGAACCGCGGCCCACCCGGACCACGCGCUGGGUUUAACGCUGACUUCAACGACUUCGGCGGUCCCGGGCCCGGCCCGCGCGGGUUCAACGGCCCCCCGCGCGGCGGCUUCGGCGGCAGCGGCGGCGGCGGCGGUGGUGGCGGUGGCGGCGGCGGAUUCGGCGGCGGCGGCAACUUCCGCGGCGACGGCGCGCGCGGCAACUCCGGCGGCGGCGGCGGCGGCAACUACAACGGCGGCGGGGGAGGGCAGCAGGACACCUCCACACAGGUCACCAUACCCGUGGACUUAGCCGGCGCCAUAAUCGGCCAAGGAGGCUCUCGCAUUCGCAAGAUUCGCGCAGAAAGCGGCGCUCGCAUAGAAAUCGCUGAACCUUUACCCGGGUCCAGCGACCGCAUCAUCACCAUCACCGGCACCCCGCAGCGCAUACAGAUGGCGCAGUAUCUACUGCAGCAGAGUGUUCACGAGAGCAACUUAAACCACGGCCGUGGAAACUUCUGA